AUGGCCCGUAAUGGCGAGCUGGAGCCCAAUGAAGACAAGGCUAGAUACGACACGCUCUCCACAUGGGCCGCAGUGAAGUCUCAGGAUCCGGAUGACAUGUUAACUAGGGAUUUCGUUGUCGCUCUGAGAACGACUGUAAGUUUUCGCUCAUCAUGCUGCCUUGAGAAUUGAUUAACGCUUCUCGUAGGUUGUCGCAGGCAGCGAUACCACGGCCAUCGCCAUACGUGCCAUUCUAUACUACUUGAUGGAGAAUCCAGACAAAAUGCGAAAGCUGCAAGAGGAGAUUGAUACAGCAGAUAGGGCCGGCAGGCUAAGUGCGGUGGUAUCUGAUAAGGAAGCUCGCGCCUUGCGCUACCUCACGGCAAUCGAGAAAGAAGCAAUACGUCUCUGUCCUUCAGUGGGCCUCAUUUUCGAACGCCACGUGCCCGCCGGCGCAGCAGCCAUCUGUGGCCGCUACAUCCUGGGCGGCAUCAGUCCAUGGAUUCUGCACUACAGCGAGGAAGUCUUUCCGGUGGAUCGACGCCUCUCCCGAACAGCUUGCUAUGAUACAGAAGCAUUUUUACAAUGUCGGAGUCGGGAGCCGGAAGUGCAUUGGAGUGAAUAUCAGUUUGAUCGAGAUGCGGAAAUGGAUUCAUCAGAUGUCGAGGGAAUUCGAUGUUAUUCGAAUGCGGAUUGGAAGGCGAAGAAUGUGUGGUUUACACAGCAGAAGUGUGAAAUUGGGAGGAGGAAGAGCUAA